CGUCCCUCUCGGUGUCCUCCAUUAUCGUUGCGGCAUCCUCCUGCUUCGUCGUUGUCGUGCAUUCUCCAGAUUGUCAUUUCGGCUCCAGAUGGCAGACGAUAGCGGAUCUAGCACUGAUAACCCAUCUCAGCCGAGAGAUGCCUCUGAGCAGGAGAGACAGUUGCAAGAGGAGGCAGCACGCAUACAGAGGGGCCUUUGUGUCAUGCAAGAGGUCGUGAAAGCUCGAACAGAAGGAAAGAAAUUUGCCGUACAGUGGAAUAAGAAAGGACAAGCUGUACGGUCAAAUAAAUUUAUCAGCUAUAUUGGGGCAGUGGCACGAAGCACCGUGCCCAUUACAGCGCAGCAUUGGAGGAGGGUUGAUCGUUCAGUGCGAGACACUAUUUGGACAGAUGUAUCGUCUGCAUUUGAUAUAGAUGAGAGCAGGAAGAGGUUUGUGGAGGGGAAGGCUGGGAGGGCACUACGCUCUUUCCGAUAUUUUGUCACACACAAGUACUUGAAGGAUCCUUCCACAGCCGACGAGUCCCAGGUUCCUAGCUUGAUACGGGACUUGGUCAAACCAGAGGAUUGGGCUGCUUUUGUGACGUCACGUCGUGAUAGGCAAUUUCAAGAAUUAAGUUCCCAAAAUAAGGAAAGAGUAAAGAAGAAUGAGUAUCCCUACCGAAAGGGCCGCUUGGGUUAUGCGGGCCUUGAGCAAGAGGUGACUCAGCAGGAGGGAUCAGAUGUCACUGUAUCACGUCAGAUGCUGUGGGCACUGGCCAGGCAAAAUAAAGAUGGCCAAAUUGAUAAUCCUCGCGUUAAGGAGGUCGUGGACAGGAUGGAGAGUUUGUCCCAGGAAGUUUCGCAGGGGGCAUAUUCUGUAGAUGACCAGGAUAUAUUGAGGAGGGCAUUGGGGACUCCUGACCAUCCUGGUCUUCUUAGGGGUGUCGGUUAUGGAGUCACCAAGAGAGAUUACUUUGGGUACCGACAAAAGCCCUCUUCAUCGUGCACGCCUUCCUCUGCUAAGUUCAUGGAGCUGAAGGAAGAAACACGCUGGUUAAAGGAGCAGGUUAAAGUGCAAGCGCUCCUAAUCGAGCAGUUGAUCAAGAAUCAAGCACCACAGCCGGCUCCGAAUCUCAGCCCAAGUGGCAAAGACAGCUGCACAUUCCCCUUGCUACCUGAGGGUGAAGCGGACGUUCAGUGUAUGGCGGAUAGCCCUAAACAUCACACUGUUGCAACGGGCCGCAUGUUCAAUUUACCGGGGGAGAGUAUAAUUCAUAAUGUUCCUCUCCCUGCUGAUCAUGUGAGGGUGCAGUUGAACACUGCUAUUGAUGCGAAUUAUGCCCUCCCGAUUCUCACCCCAGAUGCAGAGACAGUGGCUCAAGCAGUGGGUAGCUUUGUCGCUUGGCCUGGCCGUCUUCUUACAUUAGGACAUCCUUCAAAGGUAUAUAUGUAUAGGUUACAAAUUCAGCUGAUUUAA